ACUUCCAAUAUUUUUCAUCAAUCAAACAAACCAUUUCAUAAAGAGCUAUACAUAUUUUUCUCUCUUUUGAAUCCUUAAGUACAUUUGUUUGAGCAUUUUACUAAGAUCCCUACAUGGCUUCUAGGGCACAAGUGUCCACUUCUCUUCUUGUAGCCCUAAACUUGGUGUUUUUCACCAUGGUUAGCUCCACUUAUGUACCAUGCCCACCACCACCCCACAAACACCACCACAAAAAUCCAUCACCUGCUGUCCCUAAUCCUAACUAUAAGCCCAAAUACUGUCCUUUGGACACCCUUAAGUUAGGAGUGUGUGCGAAUUUGUUAAAUGACUUGGUGAACCUUGUUGUUGGGACCCCACCCAAGACCCCUUGUUGUACACUCAUAGGAGGUUUAGUUGAUCUCGAUGCUGCUGUGUGCCUUUGCACUGCCCUUAAAGCUAACGUUUUGGGACUCAACCUUAAUGUUCCGAUUUCACUGAGCUUGAUUCUCAACAACUGUGGCAAGCGCGUUCCGUCCGGCUUCCAAUGUCCUUAAAAUUGUUUGGAUUUCAUUUCUGUUUAUCUUUGAUAUUUCUUUUUCUGUUUAAUUUCCUGUAUCUUUAAUUCUAUUUUAUUUUAUUGGUUAUUGGCUCAUCUCUCAUGCCAUGAUAACACAAGAUUUAUGAAUAAAUUAUUCUGAUUUAUGGUUGGAGUUGUUUUUAUUGGUAAGUGUAACUAUUCAUCUAAAUUCUCUUCUAUACUA